AUUUUCUCGUUAAAACAUGACGUUUGGAACAGAUUUAAAGGACCAGAUACCUUCUAUACUCAAUUAUGUGGGCGAUGGCAUUCAUUCCCUCACCCAAUUUCGAAACUUCAUCAAGGACAAGACUAGCAUUGAGCGUGAAUAUGCUCAAAAGCUCGAAAACCUCACUAAAAAGUACAAGUCUAACAAAAAAAUUGUCUCAACACCUGGAGAGCAACAAGACGAAUGGGAUUGGGAAGACACGUCCAGUACAACUUCGGCUGCUUGGUGUCAGUUAUUAGACCAAACUUCUCUUGUAGCCAAAAGCAAAUUUCGUCUAGUUGAUGAUAUCAAUUCUUUAGUAGUAGAUUCGUUACGAGGUGUGGCUGCACGAAAGGAUGAUGCUAGAAAAAAGCAUGCUGCUUUUUAUCAAAAGUUAAAAAACGAGCGAGAUAAAACUUAUGGCGACAAGGAAAAGGCAAAGCAGUUGUAUGAUGAUUCAUGCGUCGAAAUCGAAAAUUUAAAGGCAAAAUUAAACAAGUCAGGCGAUGCAGAAAAAACACAAAGACAAUUAGACAAUGCUUAUUUAGACCGUGAUAAUAAAAAGAAUCUUUAUUUAUUAUCUAUUGGUGUAGCAAAUGCCGAGAGAUCCAAGUAUUUUGAAGAAGAUAUUCCCAUCCUAGCAGACCAUUUACAAGAGUUAGAUGCUGCUCGUAUUCUAUCCCUAAAAUCCAUUUUAAAGACAUACAUCGACCUUGAAUCCAAAUUAUUAACCACUAUUCAAAAAUGCCACGAUGAUAGUCUAGUCUCUAUUGAAAAACUAGAUCCUGUAAUUGACGCUGGUGUCUUUACUCGUAGUGCGUUGGGAAAUGUCGAUGCCAGUGAACGAGCUGCCAAUGUUCAAUUCACAUUCAUGCCCUGGAACGGUGGAGCCAAUGCAGCAGACACAAUCAUUGAUCGAGAUGACAGUUUGGUGGCAAAUGAUGCGGCUGUUAUCUUUUUAAACAACAAAUUAAUCAAGGAUCGUAAACAACUAGACACAUUGGGUGACGAUUUAUCUAAACGCUCUACCGAGUUAAACAAAAUGGAAUCUCUCGUCGGCUCCAUACCCAACCAAACAUCGGCCGAUUACGAUAAAUCCAAAGAAAAGUUGAUGGAUAUCAUUCGAGAUAUUACAUUACUUUCUACGCAAAAGGUCAGAGUGAAAAGUGAAGUGGAUUUAAUCAUACAAAAUAUUGGCGAUGAUGGUUUAAGAGCUCAAAAUCAUGAUUUUAAAUCCUCUUCAUUUACUAUUCCCACUUCGUGUGAUUACUGCAAAACCACUAUAUGGGGUAUCUCUAACAAAGGCUUCACUUGUCGCGCUUGCGGUUUUAAUUGUCACGCCAAAUGUGAAAUGAAGGUUGCUCCUAACUGUAGUAAAGUUAAAGGACAGAUUAAUCCACAACCUGUUUCUUCCUUAUCUGUGCCAACCUUGAGAUCACUACGCUCAAACAGCUUUACCGAAUCCGUCCGGUCUAUACCCAAUACUGUUAUUCCACCCCCACCAAGACCUGUUUCCAUGCCAGGUGCAGAACUUCGUGCUUUAUACACAUACCAAGCCCAAAAUACGGAUGAGCUCAGUAUUUCAGAAGGUGAUUUGCUACACAUUGUAGAACACGAUGAUGGUACAGGCUGGAUCAAGGCACAGAAAGGAAACGAAAUUGGACUCAUACCUGCUAAUUAUAUCGAAUACCUGGAUGCGCCUCCGGAAGAUGAGAUUGUCUAUGAUAAUGACGCUCCUGUCAUCAGUCAACCCUCUAUCCAUGAUUUACCGCCUUCCCCCUCUCUCUCUCCUGCUCCCAUUCAGGUCGUGGCUCUUUAUGAUUUUGAAGCCGUCAAUGCCGAAGAACUUAAUAUUCGUCAAGGCGAUACUAUUCUUGUUACAAAGAAGGAUGAUGGUGGUUGGUGGGAAGGGACUUUAAAUGGUCAGACAGGUAUAUUUCCUGCGAACUACGUUAGUUCCUAAAUUUUGAAUAAAACAUGUCUCGUAGAAUAGACCUUCACCACAUACAAAGACAUCUACGAGAAUACGCAUAUUUUUUAUCCCAAGUGUCCUUUAUUGAUUAUUUUGAAUGUAAAGCUUAAGUCAAAAUAAU